GAAAGUGUCCGAAAAUGGAAGCAGUAAACGAGCAAAAAUCCGCAUUUCAUCCACUUUUUUUCCUUUUUCGAAAGGGAUUUUCGGAUUUUUUUCUGGCUGGGUACGUACAAAUUUGCAUCAUGUCCCAUUACCCGAAAUGCUCGCAUCGCAGCUGAUUAUAACAAAAUUGAGUGAUUCCAGAGAGCAUUAAACACAAAAUAUGAGAGCGCGAUUGAGUGAAUUGGGCACCGAACGCCGGUUGUGAAUGGUAAUAGAGUUGCCUGGCCAACAGAUCAAACUCAGCGUUGAUGGCUUGCGGUGGCAUUUGGCUGUGCCUGCGGUUCGAAAGUCAAGUGUUUGUUGUUGGCUUGUGACAUUUGGCGCGUGAAUAAAUAAAUAUUUUCCGGCCGUGCAAACAGCGAAAGACCAACGGGGAGACCAGUGUUAAGAAUAAAACACGCUACCCCCAACAACACAGAGAUACUAAGAAUGAAGCGCCGAAAGCUGCUGCUCUGCUGGACCGUGCUGCACUCAGGUAUCAGUAUAAUCGCCUUUCUCACACUACUCCUAAACAAAACAACCCAAGCGGCGAUCGUACCACCACCUUGGAGUGAUCCCGAGAAGAACCCCUGCGCUAGCAUGCCUGGCGGUUGGCAGUUACUCUAUUGGCCACCACUCAAGCAAUGUUUCAAAAUCUUCACGAUCGGUUAUCCCUGUCCGGAAACUAUGGAAUUGAGUCCAGCUCCCAAUGGAGGCAAAACGAAGGCGGCGCGAAAUAAUGCGCCAUCUGCCGAAUGUCGCUGUCCGCCAGGUACCGCGUUAAGUGCGGAGACGAAUAAAUGUCAUGAUAUUUUUCAACGCGGACCAUGUGAACAUGGUUCCUUUUUUGCGCCCAUGCCAGAAGAACGGACGGCAGUCAGUGGGGGUAGAAGGUCUAGCAAUCGUUGGGGCAGCUGCAAAAUUGCAAGACAGUGUCCGGUAGGCAUGAUUUACUGGCCAAAAGAAGGUAAAUGCUAUGCGCAAUAUACCAAAGGGCCUUGUGUUAGGGGCAAGCUGUUGGUGUUAAAUAAAGAUGGGCUGGGCGAGUGCAAGUGCGAAGCAGAAGGUACACUGCGUGACUACUAUUAUGACCAAGAGGAGACGUGCCACGAACACUAUACCAGAGGUCCCUGCACCGCACCGGGUGAUCUCUUUCUGCCAGGUGGCCGCUGCGACUGUCAUCGGCAUUUGCCACACUACAGCGAUGUGCAUCAAAUGUGCUAUGAAUUAAACACGCCAGGACCUUGCCCGUCUGGCCAUAUCUUCAAUCUGCCUGAUAAUUUCACCGUCGCCAAUACAGCGGCGGAUAUACCCCGCGCGCAAUGCCAAUGCAAGGAUGGUUACGUGCCUUGGAAGGAUGGCCUGUGCUAUCGCCUUUAUACCAGAGGUCCGUGUGGACCUAACGAGUUUCUAAUUAAUGCUACCAGUUGUGUACGAAAUUUUUGCGGUAAAACUCGACUUUAUUUUCCCGAUCAGAAUACUUGCUAUCGCAUUGGCUCGCAAGGUCCUUGCUCCCUGCAUCAGGUAGUGGUAUUCGAUUUCACCGCACGUCCCUCCGUCGAUGGCAUCUCAUACAACGGCAUAUGCGGUUGCUCUGGUGUCAUAUGGAAUCUCGAUCAGCAGUGUUCGAAUGUUGAUAAUGGUGGCACAGAAGAGGAGGACAAUACAUGCGAAUCCACACCGGGCAUGGUGGAGAUUAAUGGGAAUUGUUACAAGUUAUAUACGCGGGGGCCAUGCGGGCCGGGCCAAUGGUUGGCGCCGCUAAAAACCCAAACAAUUGGUCCACAAAUACAACGAUUUUUGGGUACUAAAGCGAAAUGUGUAUGCCGGCCGGGCUACACACUCGCUGUAGAGCCGGAAGCGAAGGAUGAUGAUGAAGAUGAGCGAAAUUUACCACGAGCGCGCAUAACGCGCUGUAAUGCACCCACGGUGGGACUAGCGAGGUAUUUGAAUAAGCAACGCGAAAAUUCUAAAUUUAAUGCAAAUCUUAAUUUUCCCAAUUUUCAAUUUUAAAACUAACAACAAAAUGGGGAAUGUGAGUUUUUAUGUAAUUUAAGUAGAACCCGAAUGCUGUGGGCUGACUUAAAUCUGUUUUACAUUCUCUUCGCGCUAUUCGCACAUUUUGAACAUCUAAUUGGAUUCGCCUUUCUAAGUAAUUUAUAUUCAUAAACUUGUAAUCACAGUGCCCCCGAUUCCUCAAAAGGUUCGAUUAAAACGGACCACGAAACUGUUCUCAUAGUAUUUUGUAUAACUGUUCAUAGUCUCCAAAACUACUUUCCGUGAAAUCGGUGCUGAUCUUUUACUUGAAGUAUUCCACAACUACAUUUAACAAAGUUAUGACUGACGAUGGUUAAAGUCUUUUCAAAAUAUAUCCAUUCGAGUGGUCCAGGAGGUUUACGAAAUCCAAUAAACAAAUUUACUUUGCUAGAGCUGAGCGCGGGAUACCGGGACCCGUAGGACCCACGGUACUAAUUUUAUAGUGGCCGGGAUCGGCGGUAUCGGGUAGGUCUCUAAAAAUUUGCGGGUGGGACGGGAAAAUAAUCUUUAUUUAUGAUAGAUAUCGGGAUGAGCGGAUUCGGGACCUUCAAAUUGUAUUUCGGAAUGGGCGCAAUCAAGAUAA